AUGGAAAAUGAACACGAGCAAACGUUCUCGCCAGGCGAGCAAAACCCUGAAGAAAUAAUGUACAAGGAGCUGAGCGGCUGCUGGGAGACCGCUAUUUGGACGGACAACCAACUUCAGGUGGAGGAUAACAGCAACAGCGCUGCCAAAUUAGAAAGCAUAUGGGAGCCUGUAGCCAGCAUGAGGCGAGUGGCAGCAUGCCUUGAUAAAUCUGCAGCAAAGGGGUCCUCGAGUCUCAUAGAAGACACCAAUGCAGCACUGUCUGUCCAAUCCUCAGCAGAUGCGUCUGAGUAUGAGGUUGAACCAGGCCUAGCUCGGCCGGGCGAGAUGGAGAUGGCACACUCUUUAGGAGUCGCAGGCACUACAGGUAGCGAAAUUGAGUUCAUUGCCCCGGAUUCGCAGGAUUGCCGUCCACCUUCUGCAUGCAGCAAGUAUAGCGAGGGAUCCCCUUACCACCUAGGCAGCGACGACGGGUACAUCGUGGAGAGCCAGUCAAUACAACAGCAGAGGAGCCUUAUGGAGCAGCAGCACCACAUCCAUCAACGAGAAGAAAAUCAUAAAAAGCAUCAGGUACAGCAGCAAGAUCAUAUGCAGCAGCAAUAUGAACAAAACCAGUACAAGCAAGAGCAACAGAACAGGGAGGAGGAAGAAGGGCAGGAUCAAGAGAGGUUACAGCAGCUUCAAUCCAAAAGACUUCAAUUAGGACAGUGUGGAAGCUCAUCGGCUGCGCCACGGCACGUAAUGCAGCCAUCUGAAAAUGUCAGGAACCUGUGGGGUCUAGAUAAACCCCAUGCUGAGGCUCCUUACGAGGAGACUACGCCUAAAGAAGCAGCAAAGGCGUCGGGAUCAAAAACAUCAGAUGCACAGCUGCAUACUGAGACGUUGCAGCUAUCGCCUCCACCAGACUCAGCCAUCCGCUUUCCUAGCACGGGACUUAAUGAAGUGACGACAACUUGGGGAGCCCUUCAACUGCCAGGGGGGGCAUUGGGAGAGGAAGGGGAGUUUCUUACACCAAUGGAAGCUGCGCAGCGAGCGGCUGAAUUUGCCUUUGCAGCGGAGAUGGCAGCAAACCGCGCAGCGCAGCUCGAGGAGGGAGAGCAGCCUGCACCAAGGACCGAAGCACCGAAGAGCCAGAGGCUCUCCCCUGCUGUGCGCCUGCUUCCAGAGACAUUUAGCGGAGCCUCGCGAUCUGUUCAGCCCUUCGGAUCCUGCCACCAAGCUCUUAAAAGCAGCGGUGGGGUAACAUAUGGCGUAUCAACAGCACCCACAGCACCCACUCUCUGCCCAGUUGCCCUAGCUCUCCCCUCCGAUAUUUCUGAUCCUGAGGAAGGUGAAGUAGACAGAGACUCCGCACUAGCUGCUGCUCGGUACUUCUCGACUUGUGCCAUUCAAGCUGCAGGAGUGGCUGUGGCAGGCUGCAUGCAGUCUCUCCAAGGAGGUCCUGCAUUGCUUCGUCAGACGAUGCUGGAUGAACGGAUUAGACAUUGGCUUCCACAAAGCUGCCUUCAAGGAGUUACGAUUCCUCAGGAUCUUGAAGGCCUCAAGAGUACGCAUGCUAGUCGCCUAGGCGGUGUAGGAGGAGUAUCUGUUUUAAAGGUGGCCAAUUUGUGCGAGAAAUGUAUGCAAGAAACCAAAGAGGCGACAACGCAGCUAAUAGAUCCGCCGAUUCAAGAAUCGGUUCCCCUUUCGCGUCAAGGAGCUAUAAGCGGCCGGGAGAGCGAGCAGAAGGCCCAAAUGAGCGGCACUCAGGUGGACCAGAAGCAGCAGUACCAAAACCAACAAGGAACCAUGGAUAUCAAGCGAGACUCGGAUGAACUCGCUGCACAGGGCAUAGAUAUUUACGGGCAGCAGCGGAUGCUGCAGCAGCUGCAGCGUGAAGUCAUGGAGCAGAAGCUGCAGGCGCACCAGGAGAUCCAGGCGGCUUUGAGACAGCAGAAAGAAGGCCAAGAGCUAUUGGCAGUGAUGAAGAAACGAGCGGAAAGCCUUGACCAGCAGCGGGAACAGCUCGACAUGCAACGAGAGUUGCAAAGCCGACUGCAACAUGAAUUGCAUAUGCGGGAAUUACACCAGCAACAGCAGCACCAUCAGCAACUUACGCAGAAUCAUCAACAACAGCAGCAACUACAUCAGGAAGAAAUACUCAUGCAGAUGAGGCAGCAACUUCUUGAGCAGCAGCUGCUGCAACAUCAGCAAGUUGUGGCGAAUUUCGAAAAACAAUCAAGCGAGCAGAAGCGGCAUCUGGAACUGCUGCAGCAGCAGACGCAGCAGCAGAUUGAGCAGCUGCGCGCACACGACCAGCAGCAGCAACAGCAGAAGAAGGAGAUGUGGCAGCGCGAGCAGCAACUGCAGCAGCAGGUUGAGCACUUACGACAACGGGAGCUGAAGCUGCAACAACUCAAAGAGGAGCAGCAGGCGAAGGCUUUGUUUUUGCGACAACAGGAGGAAAGUCAACAAAAGGUCGCUGAGGAAUACAGGCAGCAAAAGUGUAGGCUGGAGGAGAUGGAAAAGGAAAUGAGUGAGAAGCAAGCACAGGUAAAAGUGGGCGCGACCUGUGGUGAAAUUUCAGCAGACACCGACGGAUCUCAGCCUGUCUUUGGCUUCCUUGUUUCCCUGGAGGUGAAAGAUGAUGUUACGAUGCAGGAGGUGCGCGAACUGGAGCAGCAGCUGGUGAUCUUGUGUCUUGCGCAUCUUAAUGAACGAAAGAGGCACCUAGUGAUUCUCAGAAAACCAUUGGAGACUGAAGGCGAGCUGCUUAGGCGGGCAGCCGCCGGGCAGGAAUCCGCAGUACCAUCGAGAGCUCUUAAUGGUGAAGCAGCUACUGUCACAUCCGCUGCCCCAUCUGCAGCUUCGUUAGUGGCAAAUGCCAUCUCCCAAGAAGGGCAGCGAAGAAUUAUUGGGGUGAAGCUGAAGGCAUGGAAUGCUGCUGCGAGGUGCGUCCGUCUUGCCCUGGCCGUAUUAACAAAACGCGCUGCAUUCCUAGCCGCCCAUGGCUCCACUCGGAUGCUGCAGGCCGUUACCGUUGGCUCUGGUCUCCCUGGUGGCAGUACGCUGUCCUCCCAACCUCUUCGAGAUGCCACUGCUGCCGAAGCCAGUCAGUCUGUACUCAACGGCGGUAGAGACCUUACCUCGCUUGGCGUCGGGGUGUCCACUCAAACUCUCCAGUGCACCUUCGCUCAAGGGCUCUCCCCAAGACCCGGUGUUCUUGCAACUGCAACUGAAGAAGCUUCUCACGGUGCAUGGGAUGGCAUUGGCACCGAAAUUACACCAGAAGGUCACGUGGGUGCUGCACUCCUGACGCAACAGCACCAGCAGCCUUCGAGGCACCCCAUCGAUUGGAAGCCACUCGUAGGAACAUUCCUUCCGGAGGAAGGUGUGAGUGCUUCCACAGCCCCAGAAGGACUUCCGGAACGGCUGCGCUCAAGUCCAUCAGAGAUCUUUCGCCGACUUCCUUCCGGAGUUCAUUGGGGUGACCUCUCUGUUUUGGGCAUCUCAAGGAGAACCCACACCAUGACUACAACUGAAGGUAUCCUUGGGGGCCUCCGCUCUGAAAAUUCAACGUCCUACACGGUAAAUCCUCGUGCUACAGUCAGCCCCCACACCACUACGGGGGCCCCCCUGGACGCAACUACGCCGAACGUGGCAGGGCUACCCACUUCGAAGGCCACUCCGGCCUCCUCCUCUAUGUGGAGGCCUCCCCUUUCUCUAAGUCCACUCUCCUGGCGGGGAGGAGGCGUCAUACCACGGGACCUAGGGCACACAGGGCUGCAGCCACCGCAACGGAGACAGUUGGCCCCUUUGCCUACGUCCUCAGGAAUCAGCUACAGACGUUAA